AUGCCGGCAGUCCCUCGAGUGGAUCGCAUCAAAACGGUAUACAGCGCAGCUAAAGCUCUGCACUAUGCCUGGAAGUUCACCGAUUUUGUCAAAACGCCUGCUUACAAUGGUGUUUCCAGAUAUAUACCUCAACUUCAUAGAAUCGAAAAGUGUGAACGCAGCCUCGGACUUCAAAAACACAUUGGGUUUUUCUUCAUUUCAAUGGUUGAUACUUUUUCCAGGAUAACUUUCCGCUUCUGUAAGCAGAGUGAAGCAAGCGUUGGUGUACGGAAUUUCAUUGAGCAUAGAAUUUUAGAAUUAGGAGCACGCGUACCGUCUGUCGUUGUAUAUACUCAACCUGUUCGUUUCUCGAAUCCUAUAAUUCGUGCAGAAUACGGAAAUGGACGAGUCAUACAACUGAAUGCUAAAAAUAUGAGUAUGGAGGACGUGGAGCGAGAUGUUAAUCUCCUGUAUUCUAGAAGCGGACUUCCAGUUGUUAAAUUAGAAUCUCUUCAGAGUGCUGCUACACCCUCAUUACAGGGUGAAUGGACGCCGAUGACAUGGCUGUCUCCACGAUUGAAUUCUGCGAAAUUGCCGGAUCCUGAAUUCUCAGAACACAAGACGUCUAAAGUGACGGCGACGGAAUAUCUUAUCGAACAACAGAAGCGGUUAGAAGGAUAG